UUGUUUCAUUUUCAGCGUCAGAGAGAGAGAGAGAGAGAGAGAGAGUUUCUGGGCUUCUGCUACGCUUGCGUGAUCUCUCUCAUCAGUCUCUGAUCAUCUCAUCAUCAUUGGAUUUUGAUUUUCGAUUUUUUUUUUUGUUGAUUUGGUUUGGGGAGACGAAGCAGUUUCCAUUUAUGGUAGAAUUUUCAGAUAUUCCAGAUCUAUGACUCCCGAUCAUUUGCAACCUUCUUCUUGUUCUUCUUCUCUCUAAUCAUCACGAUUUUGAUUUUUUGUUUCAGCAAGGAUCUUCGCUACGUUUUUGUUUACAAUCCGUUUUUUUUUUCUCGGAGUAAUUCGAGUUCUUCAAUUUGUUAUCUGUAGAUCUAACUUUCCCAGACUAGUUUGGUGAUUUCCCCGGUAUAUCCAAGUCUCGUCCACCAUGGUCAGCCCCUAGAGCUCAGGAUUUGUUGGCGUCUCGAGUCUCUUUGUUUUUCGAGUUCGCGAUCCCAAAAAAUACCGAAGUUGUUGGGAUCUCUAGCUCUUCCCACGGAGGUCCGCUGAGCUGAGCCGAAGUCAAAAUCCACGAGUCUUCACUUUAUUUCCCAGUGAAUUUUCUUGAGCUGAAGAUCUGAUAGACUCUCUAAUCCCUGGAUCUCGCUUUCCCAUAGAGCUCCCACUGGUCGGAAUCCACGAGUUUCCAGUGAAUUUUCCGGGAUUCGAGUUGGGGUUCUGUGUUUGAAGAGGGGAAGAUGAAUUACUUCCCGGACGAGGUCAUAGAGCACGUGUUCGACUUCAUAACCUCCCAUAGGGACAGGAACGCGAUAUCUCUGGUGUGCAAAUCGUGGUACAAGAUCGAGAGAUACAGCCGGCAGAAGGUGUUCAUCGGGAACUGCUACGCCAUAAACCCGGAGAGAUUGAUCCGGAGGUUUCCGUGCCUGAAAUCCUUAACUCUGAAAGGAAAGCCUCAUUUCGCUGACUUCAACUUGGUUCCUCACGACUGGGGAGGUUUCGUUCAUCCAUGGAUCGAGGCUUUGGCGAGGAGUCGCGUGGGACUUGAGGAACUGAGGUUGAAGCGAAUGGUGGUGUCGGAUGAGAGCCUGGAGCUGCUUUCGCGUUCCUUCGCGAAUUUCAAGUCUUUGGUGCUUAUCAGCUGUGAAGGGUUCACUACCGAUGGCUUAGCCGCCAUUGCUGCCAAUUGCAGGCAUCUACGGGAGCUGGACUUGCAAGAGAAUGAAGUUGAUGACCACAGAGGACAAUGGCUGAGCUGUUUUCCGGACAGCUUCACAUCCCUUGUCUCGUUGAACUUCGCGUGCCUCAAAGGAGAUAUCAAUUUGGCAGCUCUAGAGAGGCUUGUUGCAAGGUCUCCCGACCUUAAGACCCUGAAGCUAAACCGUGCUAUCCCGCUGGAUGCACUUGCAAGGAUAAUGAUGAGUGCCCCUCAGCUCGUGGACUUAGGAGUCGGGUCAUAUGUCAAUGACCCAGCUUCCGAAUCCUAUGCCAAUCUCAAGGCAGCCAUUAGGAAGUGCGUGUCGUUAAGGAGCUUGUCGGGUUUUCUCGAGUCUGCUCCCCUCUGCCUCCCAGCUUUCCACCCGAUAUGCCAUAACCUUAUCUCGUUGAAUCUCAGUUAUGCUGCUGAGAUCCAUGGCAGCUACCUCAUAAAGCUUAUCCAGCAUUGCAAGAAACUUCGCCGGUUAUGGAUACUGGAUAGUAUAGGCGACAAAGGGCUAGCGGUCGUAGCUUCUACAUGUAAAGAGUUAGAGGAACUGAGGGUUUUUCCAUCGGAUUUUCUCGCCGGAGGCGAUGGGGCUGUAACUGAAGAAGGUCUAGUUGCGAUCUCAGCCGGUUGCCCUAAGCUUCAUUCGAUUCUGUACUUCUGCAAGCAAAUGACAAACUCGGCCCUCAUAACCGUAGCCAAGAACUGUCCAAACUUCAUCAGGUUCAGGCUAUGCAUCCUCGACCCAACCAAGCCCGACCCCGUGACAUCUCAGCCGCUGGACAAGGGAUUUGGAGCGAUCGUGAAGGCGUGCAAGGGUCUAAGGCGGCUUUCCCUCUCUGGUCUACUCACCGAUCAGGUCUUCUUCUACAUAGGAAUGUACGCCGAGCGGCUCGAGAUGCUCUCAAUCGCUUUCGCGGGCGACACCGACAAAGGGAUGCUGUACGUGUUGAACGGCUGCAAAAGGCUAAGGAAGCUGGAGAUAAGGGACAGCCCAUUCGGGAACGCGGCGCUUCUGGCGGAUGUGGGGAAGUACGAAACAAUGCGAUCCCUUUGGAUGUCGGCAUGCAAAGUCACGCUCGGAGGCUGCAAGAGGGUGGCGAGGAAGGCGUCGAGGCUCAAUGUUGAGAUAAUAAACGAGAACGGCGGCAACCAAAUGAUGGAGGAGCAGAACGGACGUGGCGAGGGACAGAAGGUGGAGAAGAUGUACCUCUACCGUACGGUGGUCGGGGCGAGGAAAGAUGCGCCGCCUUUUGUGUGGAUCCUGUAGUUCUACAGUUCCGUUACUCCCCCUCUCGUCCUCGUCCGGACAGCUUCUUCGGUCUUGGUUUUUUUUUAUCCAGUUCUUUUUGAGUUGGCCCCAAAAUGUAAUUGUAGUCUGCAUGGUUAGACUGAACUAGACCUGUGACGACUCUGUGUUGUAGACUUUGUUGGCUGGCGAUUCUUAGUUUAAAUCCCACAGCUUAGUUAUUUCA